CUCACAACAAACUACCAACACAAUACACCAAACUUAAUCCACAAUAACAACAUCAACCAGACACCAAACACCAGCUACACACUCAACUCACAUCCAUUCUACUCCAACUCCAACCCACAAUCUCCCUCCAAAAUGAGCAAAGACUCCACCCCCACCCACCUCCACAUGCACCACCCCCGACUAGCCGACUACUUCGAAGACUUCACGCGCCCACACCACACCACCUCUUCCUCCUCUCCCUACACAUCCACCGCAACCCAAGCCUUUGCAGCAGCAGCAACAGCAGCAGCAGCCACCGGCGGCGGCACCGGCACCUCCCCGACCCUCACGCCCUCCUUCCUCCCCAUCGAAGACAUCUACAUCCCGCCGCAGUAUCAGCCCCCCAACCCGGAGGACGAAGACGAUGUGGUUCCGGAUCAACACGCCGCGUUUGGGAUUGCGAGGGCUAUGGCGCUGCAGGGGAGGAGAGGGGAGGGGGCGUGGAGGGAUUUGGGACUGGAGGGGUUGGUUAGGGGGGAUGGAUCCGGGGGAGGAGAGGCUGCAGGGGCAGGAGGGGCAGGCGCGAAGGUGAGGGUUAGAGGGGAGGGGAGGUUGAUGGGGGGGAGGAGGAGGGUGGUUUGUUUGAGGUGAUCUUUCUUUGUCUUGUUGGUUGGGGAUGAUGCAUAGGGUGGUUUGGUAUUAAGGGAGGGAUAGGAUACCAAUGGGAUGGAUGGGAAGAUGGGAUGGUGUUAUGGUUAUUGUUAUGACUAGGCUACGCUAUUAUACCCUGCGUUUGUUGUGUGGUUUUUAUGGGUAUCGGAGGAGUCUUUCGUGGAAUCAUCAUUAUCAUGUAUACUACUGCUGCUGCUGCUGCUGCUAUACUGCGCUAUGCUGCGCUGCGCUAUAUCCGUAUUAUGUCUACCCGGGCCCGUUCAUACAAUUUAUGGCUGACCUGCUUC